AUGAUAUCUCAGCUUCUAAGAGUUGCACUACUCUGCCGUCUACUCAUGCACAUUACCGCUUCUGCUGGAGACCAUGAGUUCACCUUCAAUGGAUUCAGCAAUGCAAAUCUCAGCCUUGAUGGUGACGCGAACUUGGCUGCUAAUGGGCUGUUGCAACUCACCAAUGCAACACGACAAUCCAAGGGACAGACAUUCUACCCUUCACCUCUCCACUUCAAGAUGUCUAAAUCAACUUCCGUUCGCUCCUUCUCCACCACUUUUGUAUUCGCCAUUGUCACCAAGUACGCCGGCUUGAGCAGCUAUGGUUUCACCUUCUGCAUCUCUCCAACCAGGGCGCUCCAUGGCGACUCAGGCCACUACAUGGGCCUUUUCAAUUCCACAAACAAUGGUCUUUUUUCAAAUCACAUCAUCGGUGUGGAGUUUGAUACAAUACAAACACCAGAAUUCCAUGACAUUGAUGACAAUCAUGUUGGCAUUGAUAUCCACAGUGAGAUUUCCAACAGCUCUCACAGUGCAGGCUAUUAUCCGGGUGACGCCAAUGCAGAGUUUCAGAACAUGAGCCUGAGCAGUGGGCAGAGGAUGCAAGUAUGGAUAGAGUAUGAUAGCAAAGCUCUUCAACUCAAUGUGACCUUAGCUCCAUUUCAGCUGCCAAUGCCCAAACGCUCUCUCCUAUCACUGGAUAUUGAUCUGUCCAGCCAUAUAUCCCAGGAAAUGUAUGUAGGUUUCACUGCAUCCAAGGGUGAUGAUUUGACCACCCAUUGCAUUCUCGGUUGGAGUUUCAAGAUGGAUGGAAAUGCAACUGCUCUUGAUCUUGAUCGCUUGCCUUCACUCCCUACUCUUAGCACCAAUAAGAAGGGGAAAUCCAAGACUUGGACAAUCUGGCUUUCUGUAUCUGCAUUUCUAGGCUUGUUAACAGCAGCUUUGAUAAUCAAGUAUGUGGCGGCAAGGAGAAGCAAGUUUGCAGAGGUACGAGAGGACUGGGAACAGGAGUAUGGUCCUCAUCGUUUUCCAUAUAAGGUACUUUACGAGGCAACAGAUGGCUUCAAGGAUGAAUACUUUCUUGGAUUUGGGGGCUUUGGUAGUGUCUACAGAGGAGUGUUACCAACCACCAAAGCAGAAGUUGCCGUCAAGAAAGUUUCCCAUGAAUCAAGGCAAGGAAUGAGAGAGUUUGUUGCUGAGGUCGUGAGCCUUGGUCAGAUCCGGCACCGGAAUUUAGUAAAUCUCUUGGGCUACUGCCGCGGUAAAGCAGAACUAAUCUUAGUCUAUGAAUUCAUGCCCAAUGGCAGUCUUGACAAGUAUCUAUUCAGCAAGGCAACACCAUGUCUGGACUGGAAUUGCAGAUUCAGAAUCAUCAAAGGAGUGGCUUCAGGCCUUCUUUAUUUGCAUGAAGAGUGGGUGAAGGUGGUAAUUCACAGAGACAUCAAGGCUAGCAAUGUGCUGCUUGACUGUGAGUUCAAUGCAAGGCUUGGGGACUUUGGCCUGGCGAGAUUGUGUGAUCACGGGACUGAUUUUCAGAGAACUCAUGUUAUGGGGACCAUGGGGUAUCUUGCUCCAGAGCUUGUAAGGAGAGGCAGAGCAACAACAAGCAGUGAUGUAUUUGCCUUUGGAGUGUUCCUUCUUGAAGUGGCAUGUGGCCGGAGGCCGAUAGAACCUAAUGUAGAUGGAGAUGGGGAUGGAGAGGAUUUUGUUUUAGCUGAAUGGGUACUGGAUAAUUGGAGAAGGGGAGACAUUCUUGCUUCCAGUGAUGGCGGGCUAGAUAAACAAUUUGUGGUGGAAGAGAUGGAGCUUGUGCUGAAGCUGGGAUUAUGUUGCAGUCCCAGCUGUUGA